CACCUCGGACCCGGGUCCCCUCCCCACCCCCCCCUGAGAUUCUAGCGACGUGAAGCCGAAGUAGAUAGACGAAGAGAAGAAAACGAAGACGACGAGGAGGAGGGGAGGAGGAGAAUAAAGACGCGCCAUGUAGCGGGCUGCGAGCGACGUUGGAACAUCGCCGCCUCCCUCCCUCCCUCGUCUCCUGCGACGGACGCGACCAUCGCCAGGCAGCCCGGUUGCUAGGGCAGCGCGGUCGCCAUGGACACGGAGUCGCAGUUCUCGGGAUACUCUUACAGCUCCGGCUACUCGCGGGGCUCCAGGCAUCAACGUGACCGGAACCGGCACAAGCACCGCGGCCGCGAGGGCAGCGGCCGAGGGGACAAGUCUGUGACCAUUCACAUGCCGAGCGGCGGUGGCGGCGGCGGCGGGGGGGGCCAGGCGGCCGAGGCGCUCAUCGACAAGGACGGCGGCGGUGGCGGCGGCCGCCCCGCCGAGGAUGUUAUUCAGGUCGAGAUUUUGCCUCAGGACGACAACUGGGGCGAGACCACCACGGUGGUGACGGGCACGUCGGAGCAGAGCACGUCUCGCGAGGACUUUGCGGCCCUCUUCCGCGAGCCCCCGGCGCCCGAGGGCCGCGGCGGCUGCGCGGGCCGCCACGCCGGCCGCGCCGCCUCGGCCCUCCUGGGGGCCCUGGCCCUCCUGUCGCCCGUCGCCUUCCUGGCAAUCCCGCACGCGCUCUGGCGCGACGAGCUGCAGCCCUGCGGCACCGCCUGCGAGGGCCUCUUCCUGUCGCUCGCCUUCAAGCUGCUGGCGCUCGCCGUGGGCACCUGGGCGCUGUUCGCCCGCGGGCCCCGGCACGCGCUGCCCCGCGUGCGCGCGCUGCGUGCCCUCGUGCUCGCGCUCGGGUUCCUGCUGCUGCUCGCGUUCUGGCUCUUCUUCGGCGCCCGCAUCCUGGCGAGCCGCGACCCCGACUACCGCGGCAUCGCGCAGUACGCGCUCUCGCUCGCCGACUCGCUGCUCUUCCUGCACUACCUGGCGCUGGUGCUGCUCGAGCUGCGCCAGCUGCGGCCCGCGUUCGCCGUCAAGGUGGUGCGCGCCACCGACGGGGAGAGCCGAGUCUACAGCCUCGGGCAGCUCAGCAUACAGAGCGCGAGCGUGUGCGUGCUGGAGAGCUACUACCGCGACUUCUCCGUCUACAACCCCGCGCUGCUCAAGGUGCCCAAGUCGCGCGCCCUCAAGCACCUCACAGGCUUCAAGGUGUACGACGUGGACGGCAACCCGAGCAACAACGUGGCGGGGCAGUCGCGGGCGAUGAUCGCGGCGGCCGCGAGGAGACGCGACUCGGGCCACAACGAGCUCUACUACGAGGAGAUGGAGAACGAGCGGCGCAUGCGCAAGCGGCGCGCGCGGCUGGUGGUGGCAGCGGAGGAGGCGUUCACGCACGUGCGGCGCCUGCAGGACGAGGAGCAGCGUGCCGGCACGGGCCUCACCAUGGACCCGCAGGAGGCGGCGCAGGCCAUCUUCCCCUCGAUGGCGCGCGCCCUGCAGAAGUAUCUCCGCGCCACCAAGCAGCAGCCCUUCCACAGCAUGGAGGGCAUCCUCAAGCACCUGGCCCACUGCAUCGCACACGACAUGACGGCACGGGCCUUCCUGGAGAAGUACCUGAGCCCGGGCCCCACGGUGCAGUACGAGCCGGACAAGUGGCAGAGCUCCCAGUGGCGCCUGCUGAGCGCCGAGCCGGUGACGUCGGCGCUGCGCGACGGCACCGCCUUCUCGCUGGCGCGCGCCGACCUCUGCCUCGUGGUGACGGUGUCGCGAGCGCCGCGCUUCACCCUCUCCGAGACCUUCCUCGACCCCAAGUCGCACAAGUUCGUGCUGCGCCUGCAGUCGGAGACCUCCGUGUGAGGCCGACGCGGUCGACGACGGGUGGGGGAGGUCACAUGGCGGGGCGGGGGGGGGCAGUGUCUCAUGGGUAAGGCCCGCGAUGUGUGGAACUUGACACGUGUAUCGGUUGCCACCUUUGUCGGGGUUUGACCCGAGGGUUUGUUUGUAUUUUUCUACUUGCCUGCUUACCCCCCCCCCAUCCCUCCCCCACCACCGGGGAGAGUCCGGGAGUUUGGCAUCAUCGUUGUUCCUUCCUCGACCCCCAAGUUGCACAAGUUUCUGCUGCGCCCGCAGUCGGGAGACUUCCGCCUCUGCCGCCGCCGCUGCUGCUGCUGUGGUGAUGGCGGUGGCGGUGUUCAAGGGCGGGGGAGGUCACACGGCGGAGGUGCAGUGGGGGGCGGGUGGAGGAGUGUAUUGUGGGUAAAGCCGCUGUGUCGUUGGGGGACUUGGCGAGUGUAUGGGGUUGCCAUCUUUGUCGGGGUUUGACCGCUGGAGGUUUUUUUUUUUACUCGCCUACCCUCGGGAGAGUCCGGGAGUUUGGCAUCGAUGUUCGUUUGGCAGGAAUUGAUCUGUGCCGAGAUCUGGCGGUGGUGGAAUUGUAUCGUCGUAGACCGCACGGUUUCAAUGGUGGACAGAGUUCUUGGCUGAGAAAUACGUCUGUGGGAUUUGUCUUGUUGGGAAAGGUUGGCAACCGUAACCCACCCAUUUCGUUCACUCACCCAUUCAACACCCCAUGCACCCACUCGAAUACUAACACAUUCACCAACUCUCCCACCCACUCGUUCAUUCACCCGUUCACCAACCCACCCGCUCGUUCACUCGCCCAUUUACCAACCCGCACACCCGACUGGCUCGCUGACUUACACAUUCACCCACUUAUUCGCCCACUCGCUCGCUCGCUCACCCACCACCUAACUAUGGUUUGCCACCUUGUCCGUGUCUGACCUGGUCUGUACGGUCUGAGAUAUGCCAUCGGUUCGCGUGGCAGUAAUUGAUUUGUAACCGACAUCUGUCUAGCGGUAUUGCCGUGCUGAACUUCAUUGCGGAAAACUUGAGCACGGUUUUUUGACACUACACCUGGUGCCGACGAUGACACAUUAUAUAUAUACAUCGGGGUUUGGUCUACAGUGUAAAAAAAAAAGGGUCAACUCCACUUCGUUUUUUCUAAGUCCGUGAAGAUCAAAGGACGACCGCGGGCGGCUUGUAGAGUUGUCCCAUCGUGGGGCUAAGGGGGGAGGAGGCAUCGUCGGUAGCCACUGGGCGAUGCCGAAAGCCAACGAGCGGGCAGUCGUAUCUGUGUUUGUGCGCACGCGUAUGAACUUCUGUCGUGCUCGGUGGGGGGGAAGACAACACACUAACACACGACAAAAAGCUGUUCUAUAUUAAUGAGAUUGUGUGUGUGUGUGUAAGUUGGAGCCUCUUUCGCAACGUACAUCGCCAGCCGUGCUCGUCGGAGAUGCACGGGGGGAGGGGGGGGGAGCGGAAAACAAACUCACAACAAGCAAUUGUAGAGAAAUGAGAGUUUGUGUGUGUGUAUGUUUGAACUUCUAUCGCACCGUACAUCGCCAGAUGUGCUCAUUGGAGGUGCGUAGGGCGGGGAAGGACAAGAAACUAAACGUGCAACAAAGAGCAGUUUCAAAGCAGUGACUUUUCAAUCUGGUUGGCAGCCCUCAAUCAAUGUGGACAUUCCGCUUUGCUAUGAUGGGGGGGGGGGGGGGGGGAUGCAGUUUAUAAUCUCUUAGGGACGACCACUGUUGACUUACCUCAAAGUAUUUUAAUAACUUUUUUAGUGAAUCACGUCAAGAAGCGGCACGGUCGAGUUGCAUUUCGUUCGCUUCUGUGGAACUUGGGACCGUUUUAAUCAAAAUCAAACUCCCUUGGUGGUGGCGGCGGUGGCGGCCGUCUCUCAUCUUGAGGCCGGCACAUGUGUUUUUCUCACGGUGAUUAUCAAUGUCGGCUUGUGACGCGUCGUCACGGCGUAGCAUUGGCCCGCUCUCGCACACGCAGCAGGAGAGCGGGGACGGCCGAGAGGUGCGAUGAGCGAGCGGGAAGGUAGCAGCAGCAGCAACAUCAUGGUCCAUGAGCUGGGCUCGCUUCGGACAGUCAACCCUAACCUCCGAAUUCCUCCGUUAUACAGGGACGAACAAUUUGGGUUCCAGAGGUCUUCGUAAAUAGAUUUCUUCGUCAGUCCCAACUGGUUCUUCACAUUCUGCAGAUGUCAAUUCCACUGGUUCUUCAGGUUCUACAGAUGUAGAUGUCGCUGGUUCUUCACGUUCUGCACAUGUAGAUGCCACUGGUUCUACAUGUUCUACAGAUGUAGAUGCCACUGGUUCUUCACAUUCUGCAGAUGCCACUGGUUCUUCACGUUUUGCAGAUGUAGAUGCCACUGGUUUUUCACAUUCUUGCGUAUGUAGAUGCCACUGGUUCUUCACGUUCUGCAGAUGUCGAUUCCACUGGUUCUUCAGGUUCUGCAGAUGUAGAUGCCACUGGUUCUUCACGUUCUGUAGAUGUAAAUACCACUGGUUCCUCACAUUCUGCAGAUGUAGAUGCCACUGGUUCUUCACGUUCUGCAGAUGUAGAUGCCACUGGUUCUUCAGGUUCUGCAGAUGUAGAUGCCACUGGUUCUUCACGUUCUGCAGAUGUAGAUGCCACUGGUUCUUCACGUUCUGCAGGUGUAGAUGCCACUGGUUCUACAUGUUCUACAGAUGUAGAUGCCACUGGUUCUUCACGUUCUGAGAUGUAGAUGCCACUGGUUCUUCACGUUCUGUAGAUGUAGAUGCCACUGGUUCUUCACGUUCUGCAGAUGUAGAUGCCACUGGUUCUUCACGUUCUGCAGGUGUAGAUGCCACUGGUUCUACAUGUUCUACAGAUGUAGAUGCCACUGGUUCUUCACGUUCUGAGAUGUAGAUGCCACUGGUUCUUCACGUUCUGAGAUGUAGAUGCCACUGGUUCUUCGCGUUCUGAGAUGUAGAUGCCACUGGUUCUUCGCAUUCUGAGAUGUAGAUGCCACUGGUUCUUCACGUUCUGAGAUGUAGAUGCCACUGGUUCUUCGCGUUCUGAGAUGUAGAUGCCACUGGUUCUUCAUGUUCUGCAGAUGUAGAUACCACUGGUUUUUCAUGUUCUGCAGAUGUAGAUGCCACUGGUUCUUAAAGUUCUGCAGAUGUAGAUGCCACUGGUUCUUCACAUUCUGCAGAUGUAGAUGCCACUGGUUCUUCACAUGCUGCAGAUGUAGAUGUCACUGGUUCUUCAUGCUCUGAGAUGUAGAUGCCACUGGUUCUUCACGUUCUGAGAUGUAGAUGCCACUGGUUCUUCGCGUUCUGCAGAUGUAGAUGCCACUGGUUCUUCACGUUCUGCAGAUGUAGAUGCCACUGGUUCUUCGCGUUCUGCAGAUGUAGAUGCCACUGGUUCUUCGCGUUCUGUAGAUGUAGAUGCUACUGGUUCUUCGCGUUCUGCAGAUGUAGAUGCCAUUGGUUCUUCGCGUUCUGAGAUGUAGAUGCCACUGGUUCUUCGCGUUCUGAGAUGUAGAUGCCACUGGUUCUUCACGUUCUGAGAUGUAGAUGCCACUGGUUCUUCACGUUCUGUAGAUGUAGAUGCCACUGGUUCUUCACGUUCUGUAGAUGUAGAUGCCACUGGUUCUUCACGUUCUGAGAUGUAGAUGCCACUGGUUCUUCGCGUUCUGAGAUGUAGAUGCCACUGGUUCUUCACGUUCUGAGAUGUAGAUGCCACUGGUUCUUCACGUUCUGAGAUGUAGAUGCCACUGGUUCUUCGCGUUCUGCAGAUGUAGAUGCCAUUGGUUCUUCGCGUUCUGAGAUGUAGAUGCCACUGGUUCUUCGCGUUCUGAGAUGUAGAUGCCACUGGUUCUUCACGUUCUGUAGAUGUAGAUGCCACUGGUUCUUCACGUUCUGAGAUGUAGAUGCCACUGGUUCUUCACGUUCUGAGAUGUAGAUGCCACUGGUUCUUCGCGUUCUGCAGAUGUAGAUGCCACCACCGCCAUCUAUUGCGCGGCGGUUGAACUUACGACUCUCGGCCCGAACGACCAGGUUUGUUCGUAUCGUUGAAAGUUCGUAAGUCGAAUGUUUGUAUCUCUGAAUGUCCGUAAGCGCAGGAGUCGCUGUAUGGAGACGUCAUCGGCAGCAGUGUGACUUUGUGGUUGAACACGCAGGGAGGGGACAUUGGGGAGUGGAGUUUCACUUGUCGAACACUUGAGCUCGCACGAAUCUCGCUUCUGUGACACGAUGGUGGAGGGGGGGGGGGUGCGUAAGGGGUGAGGGAAGGGGGAAUUGGGCUCUCAUUAACUCCUGAGAACUGGUUUCAAGACAAAACGAUCGCGGGAAAAAAUCCAACUCCGUGUCCAGCAGGCGUUGGUGGUGGCAGCAGCUUCUCCUGUCAUUGGGAGAAGUCAACAGUGGUGGUGCCAGGGGGGGGGCGGGGGGGGUAUUGGGUUGUGGACUCUUUGAGUUGUGAGCCAGGAGGACUGCCUAUGGAGAUAGACAGAGCUCGCCCCGCCAACACACUUUAGAAUUCGAUUUCAUUUUUUCCGUUGAGUUUUAAAUUAAAGGGGGGAGGAGAAAAUAAAAUCCGUAUCAUUAAGACAGCCUCCCCCCCCCCCCCUCGAGCCUUCGGCAAAGCCUCUGUGGCCAAUUCCACAUUCUCACAUUCUCCUCCAGCCCAAAUCAACAGGAACAAAUUCACCGUCUCUGUCUCCUUCGCUGCCCACUGGGCCUGGUUAGACGCGCGGCGGGCUUCCUCGCCGAUUCUUUGAUUUAAAUCUCGAUUCUCACAACGGCGCCGCUCGCGAUAUCCCCUCAUGGCGUAUCCCCAGCUCCACGCGCCCAUGAGAAUCGAUCGGCGACGUUUGAGACGUGGAGCGGCGAGCGCCGUACGACGGAGAAUGAACGAACUUGAACCGAAUCGUUACGCCCCGGGGUGGGCAAAACCCCGAUGCCAACUCCCGUGAGUGGCGGUGGGCUGGGUGUGUGGGGGGACGACGCUUGUGCCUGCGUCAUUGCGCGUGUCCACCCAAGGGAGGAGGGUAGACGUGGCGCCGUCUUGCGGCGAUUGACCACGCCGCGCCAGAUCGUCCGUUCGUCCGCGCUGAUGCAGGGCUUCCGUGUGGGACUGCGAUGGCUGUGUGAGCGCUCAUGCUCCACAAGCGGGCGGGCGAGCGGGCGAUCGAGAGCCACUUUUUGUUGUCGAUCUCUGUCAGUUGUGCGGCGUUUUUCCGAUCCGCUAGGGGGAAGUCUCGCUCACGGUCGGCGAAUGGUGAAGGACACCUGAACUUUGACGGCCGUAGCUGCUUUUAGUGCACCCACCUCCAGAGAGGAGCGACCGUCCGUUUUGUGGCCGCGUCUUGCUGUACGGCGUAGCCUGAUGAUGAUGAUGAUGUUCCUGUCAUGGCCGCUGAUUCGGGUCACAGCGGUCGGCCUCCAGCGACGUUGGGCCAUCGGUAUCGUGACGUCACCCCCCCCCCCGUUUUUUUUACUGGAAUGACGUCCUUCUCAUUUGUCGUUUGUGUUGUUUUUAAUAUUUUAGUUUUUUUGUGUUAUCCUCGAUAAUGAACGUAGCAGAUCGUUUGUGUAUAGAGAUGAAAUGUAAGAGCCAUCGUCGUCGUUGUCGUGUACAUAAAGGGGCUUGCGUGUCCUGUAGCGUGUCGUAGUGUUUCUAACCCCACCUCGUCUGCUCUGCAUUCCUCAGACUUGGGGGUAACGUCUAACACAUGAAUUGCCUUUUUUUAUCUCACUCUCUCUCUCUCUCGCUCUUCUUUAUUUUUUGCAUCCUGUGUUUUUAAAAACGACACUAAGUUAUUCGAUCGCUCGAGAUUUUUCUUUUUUGAUUUGAGACACAAAAUACUUCUGCGUCCGGGGUCGGGAGGGGGAGCGUGCCUCUCCCGCGCGAGUCGGAACCGUUGACGGUUUUUCUCUACACACGCACACACGCACACGCACGCACAUACACAUGCACACACACGCGCACACGCACGCGCACACACGCGCACACACGCGCACACACGCGCACACACGCGCACACACGCGCACACACGCACACACGCGCAAAGACAAAUAUGGAAUCGAACUCGGGGUCGCCGUGUCCGUAGCACAGCGCGCUAGCCGCUACACUACUCGCUACACUACCGCUCCCUGCACACACACACGUACAUGCACACACGCGCACACACGUACACACGUACACGUAUAUACUGGUAGCUGCAUUCCCUCACUACUAGCUGCGUUCUCGAUGGGUUCAACAAUGCGCCCUCCUCCUCCUCCCCAUGCCGUGGUGAAACGGGGUGGGGGGGGGGCAGACCCUGCUCAGAGCACAACAAGCCGUGCCUUGUUUACAUUUUUACAUUCAAGUUGAGCGCCCACUUCACCUCCAGCACCAACUCGCUUCCCGUUGUCUUCUUAGGAUGGAAGCUUCUCUUCCGGUCCGUCCGUCCGUCGCUUUGUCGUGAACUGAUGUAGCAAAGAUUACCCCCCCCCCUCCUGCAUUCCCUGCGUACCCCCCCCCCCCAAUCCUCGCAUCGCCCGCGUCUCGUGUUAUGACAUCAGAGGAACAGUCCCACUAUUAAAGGAUUUUUUUAAAUUUUACCAGGCAUUGGUCGCGUGGAUUUUUCUACCGGGUCCCUCCCGGCUUACCCCCCCCCCCGCCCCCCUUCACAUUGUAGAAUCGACGUCACGUGCUUGUGGAGUGCGUUCGGCUGCUAUACAUGUCCACACCACGACGACGAUGAUGAUGAUCAUCAGCCGCCACUCGGUUGAGCCGUGGCCGCGUGGAUUUUUCUCCCGGGGGUCCUGCCGCUUUACUCGGCGAUGCUGGAGAGGCAACUUCGUUGAGCCGCUGUCACUUGCGAUGGCCAAGAGCUGCGAAGCUCAGGGGCGCCUUACCUCGU